CAGGUGCUGGUUGAAGGAGACGGAAACACACGAGCGAGCAGCGCGUCACCUGAACAGGGAAACAGGCUCCAGCGGCUCCAGCGGCUCCACUCACCCGGCUCCAGGCUCCUCUUCCCCGGGUUCUACCGGCUCCUCUCCGCGGGCUCCAGGCUCCUCUUUCCCGGGUUCUACCGGCUCCACUCACCCGGCUCCAGGCUCCUCUUCCCCGGGCUCUAUCGGCUCCUCUGUCCGGGCUCCAGCUGCUCUUCUCCCCGGGCUCCAGCGGCUCCUCGUCCCGGGUUCUACCGGCUCGUCUCCGCGGGCUCCAGGCUUCACUUCCCCGGGCUCCAGCUGCUCCUCUCCCGGGCUCCAGGCUCCUCUCCCCGGGCUCCAGGCUCCUCUCCCCCGGGCUCCGCCGCGGUCUAGCGGCAGCAGGACGUUAGCAUGAUGGCGGUGCUGGGCAGCGCCGGUCGCUUCCUCCACAUUGUCAGGAGCAGCGUCGGUCUGAGUGUGAGGAGACGCGCCACCGCUGCUGCGUUAGCACAGACUGCAACUCCAGAGACAGUGGAGAACAGGAAACCGAAGACGGGCAUCCUGAUGCUGAACAUGGGAGGACCCGAGAAACUGGAAGACGUUCACGACUUCCUGCUGCGACUCUUCUUGGACACAGACCUGAUGAAACUCCCUGUGCAGAGUAAACUCGGUCCGUUCAUCGCCAAGCGCCGCACGCCAAAGAUCCAGGAGCAGUACAGUAAGAUCGGAGGAGGCUCGCCCAUCAAACGCUGGACCGCCAUGCAGGGGGAGGGGAUGGUGAAGCUGCUGGACGAGAUGAGCCCAGAGUCGGCUCCUCACAAGUUCUACAUCGGGUUCCGGUACGUUCAGCCGCUGACGGAGGAGGCCAUCGAGGAGAUGGAGAAGGACGGAGUGGAGAGAGCAGUGGCCUUCACACAGUAUCCUCAGUACAGCUGCUCCACCACAGGAAGCAGUCUGAACGCCAUCUACCGUUACUAUAGCAACAGAGGGGACAGACCCAAGAUGCGCUGGAGUGUCAUCGACCGUUGGCCCACACACCCACUGCUGGUGGAGUGUUUUGCAGAACACGUCAGUAACGAGCUGCUGAAGUUUCCAGAAGAGAAGAGAGACGACGUGGUGAUUCUGUUCUCGGCUCACUCGCUGCCUAUGGCUGUCGUAAACAGAGGUGACCCGUAUCCUCAGGAAGUGGGAGCCACAGUUCAGAGAGUCAUGGAGAGACUGGGACACUGUAACCCGUACAGACUGGUGUGGCAGUCCAGAGUGGGACCGAUGGCGUGGCUCGGCCCUCAGACCGACGACGUGAUUAAAGGUCUGUGUGAACGGGGAAAGAAGAACAUCCUGCUGGUUCCCAUCGCCUUCACGUCCGACCACAUCGAGACGUUACACGAGCUGGACAUUGAGUACGGACAGGUGCUGGGGGAGGAGUGUGGUGUGGAGAACAUCAGAAGAGCGGAGUCGUUGAACGGGAAUCCUAUCUUCAUGAGGGCGCUGGCCGACCUGGUCCAGUCCCACCUGAAGUCCAACGAGUCGUGUUCCCGUCAGCUGACCCUGCGCUGCCCGCUGUGCACCAACCCCACCUGUGGAGAGACCAAGGCCUUCUUCGCCAACCAGAAACUCUCAUAGAAACACACACACACACACACACACACUGACGUGCAGCAGGGACACCUGUGAAGAAACAUCAGGCCUUCGACAAACAGGAGCUUCUCACACUGUUUCUCCAGCAGAACAGAACAAAUAGUUUCUGCAAAUACAUCGAGACUUUUCUUUUGUUGGAGCUGCAGGUCGGAUGAGAGCAGCCGUUGGUUUCUUAUCUCAAUAGUUUAACAGAUUCAAGCAACUGAAUUUAUGAUAUUUCUUCCUAUUUUUAGUCAAGAGUUUGGUCUUUUACUUUGAGCGCAGGACGUAUUGUUUGCACGGUCAGUGUUUGUAAUGCUGUCACUCAAAACCCUGCGCUCACACUCAAUUAGCCUCCUUUUGUUCUUAGAUAAGCUCAAACUCUGCACUUAAAUAUUUUGUUGUUGCUCCAGCUUCAGCUCUUCUCCUUGAGCUCCUCUGGUCUCCUCUUCCCCAACCGAUAAAAUGCCCGUUGUAGUGAUGACAAACUAAAUUUUCCCGCCCUUGUUGUCGGUGCGUUAGCUUUACGUCAAUGAGGAAAUCGAUCCAAGUAAAUAAAUGAGUGUAAGCGCAGGGUUUUGAGUGAAAGCAUUAAGAAGUCCUGUUCUCAAACUGAAAGAACACACUCUUGAAUAAAGAAACGUGUAAAUCAGUAAAGCUCUUUAAAUUGAAAUGGUACUAAUAUAAACUCUCUGAGGAUUUGCAGAAACUAUUAGACGAGCGUUAGCGUCGAAAGACGAACUGACGCUCUGCAGAAACUGUUCAUGUCACAUCUCAGCUGCAUCUAAACGAGCUCUGCACUAGUUUUUUAUUUUACAACGUUUCUUUGCUAACAUUCCGUUCACCCAGCCCCUGCAAACCUCCAUCAGAGACCCUGUUUCACUUCCCUCUGGUGCUAAAUCAAUAACAGUCGAGCCGCUGCCGCACAUGGGAUCUGGUUGGUUGGCUGUUCCUCUUCCUCGCCAUCUCAGCUUCACGUCACCGGCCCUCCUGCUACUAACCCCGCCCAUCCUGCUGAAAUCCUUGCAAUGUGAUUGGUGGAGGUGGGUGGUGCUCGACUGCUUCUGCCUGAUUGGUGAGUUUAAGAGCGAGAAAAAGAGCGAUGAGACCUGAACUGUGCCGCGGCUUAAAAGAAUUCAUGAGAUUUUAUUGUUCCUGUCACGACGAAGGAGAAUUUCACUUUCAGAACACAAAUUCAUUAACAUGUUUGUUUUUGUGCUGUUGGAUUUUUGUCCUUCUUCUCCGCUAAUAAAAGAUCACACGAUUAAAAGGGAAAUGUAACGUUCGGGGCAGAUGUCGGUGAAACCCGAUCACUAAACUGAGAUUUACAAAGUUGAUUCCAGAGAAGAAGGUAAAUUAUUUGUUGUAUUAAAACGAACUAAGCUACAUCUUUUAUUUUCAUUUUUCGAGUGCAAGCGAACACAAAAUCCACUGGUUAAGCAUCUGAGAGUAAAGUGACUGAUGUAAUUAACAGUGAUGAUGCGUAUCUGCGCACGUGAUGAGAAGAAAUGCAAAGGAAUUCUUUAGGAAUGCAACAGUCCUUUCUUAAAGCAACACUGUGCCAGCCCAGAAUAAUCAAUCACCAUGUGUGUCUGCAGAGGGCGCUGUCGUUAAAGUUAAAGUUGCGUAGUGUUGCUUUAAAUGUGAUGACGGUCCCUCACUUUGCAAUUCUCAGGAUUUAAAGUUCAAACUAAUGACCUCAUUGUGUGAUGUCAUCUAUCAGCCUCCUCUUCACGAUGCUGGACGAACCGCUCAGAGUCGCUGGUACGAAAUGACGUCGAACGAAAAGGGCGAAAAUCCGAGCAAACAUCCGUAGCUUCCACUCCGAGUAGAACACAAUGUUAUCGUACGAGUAAAAAAAAACGACUAACCCUCUGUGACGUUGAAAAGGGAAAAUAAAGCUUUGUAUCAAUGGUCCUACAGACGCUCUCCAGUAGGUGGCGCAUCAAGGAAUUCCUCAGAUGUCGUGAAAGACACUCGGAGCCUCGAGGCUAAAAGCAACUACUACUCUCCCUCACGCGCGCUGAUCUUAUACUUAUUGAUAUUGGAAUAUAUGUUUGAUUUUAGGAAGUAUUUAGCUAAAGAGGCUUCGGGCGAAUAGUUUUUAGUUUUAGGCUUUAAGAUGAAAAAUAAGGUUUUUACCAUUUAAAUCGCAAAAUAUGUUAGUUAAAAAAAAACGUCACUUUCUGCAGGAAAAUCAUAAAAACAUAAAACCACAGUUGAGUUCUUUUUGUUCUUGUAGCGAAUUAGCACAGACGUGUAAGAGUUUAGUUUGAGCGUUGAUAGAUUUCCCAGGAUGCAGUUCUUUUGUUCUCAUACCUCUUUAAACUCGGUCGUUCAGCUCCAUGUCUCUUAGGUUGCUGGGUCGAUUCCCAACCGCUGCCUCGGGACGAGACUCUGAUAAUGUGUAAAACGUCAAAGUGAAAUCUUCCACUUUUCACAGGGAGUAACUUGACCCUGCCCCCCCUCCCCCCAUCUCUUGCUGUUUUAGUUUUCUUACACCAUGACGAUGACGAUGUGCCUUUUACACUGGCUAAUUAGAAAUACAGGACUUUGUGCUUUAUGUACGUUUCAUAUGUGCUUAACCAAACGCUGACGGGGGAAAACCAGCCUGAAACCUGACUUCACACGUUCCUGCUGCGAUCUGAGUCGAAGCUCCUCAAAGACCCGAGUGAGUUUUAGAUCCACGCUCGUUUCACGACCUUUUGUGGACAGAGAAAUAUCCGAGUCAGUUGCUCCGGACAGUUUCCGGAACAUUUCCAUCCAGUUCCUUUUUUUUUUAAAUGUCUGAUUCAAACCAUGUGAGGGUAAAAAGUGGAACUGGAAGAAUCCAAAUAUCUCAGGAUGAAGAAGAGGGGCCGUACUGCUGCUCUACAGGCUCCGCCCCUCGCCUGACUGUUCCCACAUGUUCCUGUUGUGAACGAGUCGGACGCAGACCAACUCCAGAAACUAAAACCAACAUUUUGUGGUUUUGUUGUUACACAAAACUCUCAAACUUUUAUCAGUUUGACAAAAGGUAAAACAAAAAUUGAAAUUUGUCUCAUCACUAAAACUGUGAAAACUGAAAAAGUCCCCUUUGUGAGGCUCCGGCAGGAAAACGUGUUAAAGUCAGUGAGGCUGGUUUUUUCCUGCACAAACGUGUUUUCUAAUUUAUUUUGAAUUCUCAUGUGUGUGUUUGUGACGACUCUGUUGUUUUAAGGGUUUUGCUCCGAGUGUGUAGCUGAAAGUUCGUUGUGCGAAGCUUCUGUCGUGUGUGUGUGUGUGUGUGUGUGUGUGUAUAAAACAAAGAAGCCUCAGCUUUGUUGCAGCUCCAGUAUAUUUUGGGUUGUUUAGAUUUAUUUAUUUCUGUUUGUUUGUUUUUGAUGUGCACAAAAAACCAUGUGUCUCCUCUGUUCAAUCUCUUUUUUUUUUAUUUGAGACUAACAGUGCGAUUACAUCCAACCAAGAGUCUUCCUGCUAAAUAAAAUAUAAUAAAGACAGAAUGUAACCGGC